UUUUUGGAAAAUCUCAAAAUUAGAAGAAAGUAACGAGAGAAUAAAAAAACCUUAUGUUAUAAGCAGUCAAGCAUGUGCUACGUGCUUAUGUAUAUAUGCAUACAUGUGUAUCUGUAUCGGUGCGUGUGUGUGCAAGUUUGAACCUAGUGUAUGUGACCUCAUGUUGCUAAUAGUUGAUAAUUGAGCAUGAAUGACAUUCACCUCAACAAUAGGAAAUACAGAUUUGAUUGGUAGCGUAUUGUUUUGUUAAUAUUUUCAAUGAUGUGAUUUUCUGUUUUUUAUUUUAUUGCAGUAUCAUUGUGGGUGAUUCUAACAUUAUUUUUCGAUCUCCACUUGGUAUCCUGUUGCCACGUAAAGGUGGUCGCCCAAUGAAGCUUAUUUAUUUUGUUUCUCCAUAUGAUCUUCUUGAUCGUAAAACUAAAAUAAAACAUCCUCUCACAAUAGAUGCCAUCACAGAAUAUCAGUUGGGACAUAGUGUCACAGUGUCAAUUGAACACAGUUCCCUGAAUCGCUUGCAAACAAUGCCUUUGAUGACAGUUGUGAAAAACCAAGAUGGCAAAAGCUUGCCAUCUUUCUCAGGAUUAAGCAACAUGAACAGUUGUAUGCUUCCAGCUUGCUUUGUACUGACUCUACGAACACCUCUCACUGUCCUGGCUUCAUUGUUGCAAAAGAUUGAAUCAAUAACAAAUAUGGAGGUUCCACGAAUAUCAGAAGGAAAGAAGCUGUUAUCAUUGUUGAUUGAGACCAUUUCAUGUCAACAAUUAUUUAACAAAAAGGAGCUUUAUGUUACUUUACCUGAUCAGCAACAUGUUUAUUUCUUGGGUGGUCAUCAGAGUGGUAUAGAAGAGGAGGGAGUUCUUAUAUCAAAGAUUCCUUUUACUCAUCCAACCAAUUUACCUAAAAUUUUGUCUUAUCUUCGUCAGCAAAUGCUAUUUAACACUGCUAUUACCAGUUGUAUCCGGCCUUCUGCCAAAAGAGAUCUUAAAAGUGCACUGGUAUUCGAGUUAUCUGCUUUGUCUUUGCAUCAAGUUAAUGUAUCAUUUGAACAUCCACUACAAGAUUCUAUGGUUACAGGUGAUUCUUUUAUAUCUGUUAUCUUGUCAUUUUUAAUAUCUUUCUUCAUAAUAUUUAGCAUAUGUAAUGUGGAAAUUUUUGCAAAACCUGAGAGGCUUUCAAAUAAUAUAUUUUUCUACAUGAUCAAAUGUAUAUCUAGAUUUUCAUGUGAGAUUAAAUACAUUUCAACAAUAAUUUAA